AUGGCAAGUGACUGCAGUGGGAAGGAGAUUGCCUAUACCAUUACCGUUGGUCAGUCAAAUGGUCAAUUCAAAACAGUUCAAGCAGCAAUUGAUUCCAUAAACACCAACAAUGAUCGCUGGGUUAAAAUCCACAUAUACCCAGGCAAAUACAUAGAGAAGGUCGAGGUUCCUUAUGAAAAACCAUGUAUCUUCUUAGAAGGGGAAGGCAGAGCCGUUACAACAAUUACGUACAAUGGCCACCAGCAAACAGAUUCCAGCGCCACGUUCUCCUCUGUUCCCAACAGUGUUGUUGUCGCCGGCAUCAACUUCGAGAACUCGUGGGAUCUAUCAACAGCAUCAUACAUUAGAGGAAGCCGAAUCAUACAACCAGCACUAGCAGCAAGAAUAUAUGGAGACAAAUCUGCUUUUAUCGAUUGUGGCUUCUUGGGUUUUCAAGAUACACUCUGGGAUGUACAGGGUCGUCAUUACUUUAAGAAUUGUUAUAUCGAGGGUGCAGUGGACUUCAUUUUCGGCAACGGCCAGUCCUAUUACGAGAAUUGUUAUGUGAAUGCGUCAUUAAGCACGUCAAAGGCUCAAGUGGCUUUGGGUUAUAUAACAGCGCAAGGGAGAGAAUCAAAAGAGGAGACAAGUGGAUUUGUAUUCAAGGGAGGUAGGGUUGUUGGAAGUGGUCCAGUUAUGUUGGGAAGAGCCUAUGGUCCAUACUCCAGAGUCAUAUUUCAUGAAACAUAUUUGGAUUCAGUGGUUGAUCCUCUAGGAUGGGAUGCUUGGAGUCAUGCAGGACAAGAGACCAGGGGCGAGUUUAAAUAGGCGCGUGCAGUGGGAGACGAAACUAUCUACUUCGCAGCUAAAGCAGUUUUCGUUGUCAUCAUUCGUGAACCAAGAUCAGUGGCUUGCGAAUUUACCAUGCCCUACCUAGCUAGUUUUUUCGGCAUUGUAAUUUAUGUUCUUUUGUAAUAGCCCUUUGUGCUACACCAAUCAGGACAUUGGCUUUUCCUAUGCUGC